AUGGGAGAAGUGUGGCGUCUCUUCAAGGACAUUUUCAACAUUUCUCAAGAUGCCGAUUUCAUACUUCAUCAGGCGGCUAGUCGUGAGGAUGCCUACGCAUACAAAUAUGAAGAUGGCCCAGGUCCCAAUUCCCAAGAUCUUGCCUUUGAUCUUACAUGUGGGCUCAAAAGCCCCUGGAACGAUAAAGUCAUUAGCUUGCUCCUUGCAGAAUUGCAGAGAAGGGGUUUGGAAGAGAGGUGGCUGUUCCGAAGAGUUACGGUUCUUGACCAUCUCAUUGGGUACAAGGCUGACGAGGAUGAGGAAGACCUCCCAGCUUGGAAGUGGCUUCAACAACUAGUUGGGACGUUAGGAGAAGGCGGCAUGAGUUCGGAGGAGAGUGACAUUGAAAACGACAUCAAAACAGUUCUUCGCAUCAAGAACAUGACUUGGCGCCAUGCGGUCGAACAUGAAUUGGAUAUUAUCAAUCAACAAAGAAUCUUGGAUGGCGAUAUUUUUGCCUCCCAAGGUUCAAAGCCAAUGAAGCGGAUACGCUUGGCUGGGAACCCAAUGACAUCCAGAAUGCAAGUGGAUGGAUUACCUAAAGCAUUAUAUGACAAGGAAUGGCUUGCAGGUUUGACAAAGCGUGAAGUUGAGACAUUAUCAAUCUCAGAGGAAACAUUUAAAUGGGUGAGAGUCGCGGUAGUGUAG